CCGGGAGGCAGUGCCUGGGCUGGUCCUGUCCACGGGGAGUUCCUGUCCUUCUCAGGCUUGACCACAGAAGCAACCGACGCCACCAUGUCUGACGAGGAAGUUGAGCAGGUGGAGGAAGAGGCCCAGGAGGAAGAAGCAGAAGUCCAUGAGGAAGCCCCUGAAGUUCAUGAACCAGAGGAGGUCCAAGAAGAGAGGAAGCCAAGACCCCAACUCACUGCUCCUAAGAUCCCGGAAGGGGAGAAAGUAGACUUCGAUGACAUCCAGAAGAAGCGCCAGAACAAAGACCUCAUGGAGCUGCAAGCCCUCAUCGACAGCCACUUUGAAGCCCGGAAGAAGGAGGAGGAGGAGCUGAUCGCUCUCAAAGAGAGGAUCGAGAAGCGCCGGGCAGAGAGGGCUGAGCAGCAGAGGAUCCGUGCAGAGAAGGAGCGUGAGCGUCAGAACCGACUGGCGGAGGAGAAGGCCCGGAGAGAGGAGGAGGAUGCCAAGAGGAGAGCCGAGGACGACCUGAAGAAGAAGAAGGCCCUGUCCUCCAUGGGCGCCAACUACAGCAGCUACCUGGCCAAGGCUGACCAGAAGAGAGGCAAGAAGCAAACGGCCCGUGAGAUGAAGAAGAAGAUCCUGGCAGAGAGACGCAAGCCCCUCAACAUCGACCACCUCAGUGACGACAAGCUGAGGGACAAGGCUAAGGAGCUCUGGGACACCCUGUACCAACUGGAGACUGACAAGUUUGAGUUUGGGGAGAAGCUGAAACGCCAGAAAUAUGACAUCAUGACCCUCCGGGCCAGAGUGGAGAUGCUGGCCAAGUUCAGCAAGAAGGCCGGCGCCACGGCCAAGGGCAAGGUCGGCGGGCGCUGGAAGUGAAGGGGCCGCGAGGGCUUGUGGCAGAGACCCUGGGCCCUGGCCACUCCGGGACCGUCGCUCCAGCACUCACGCCCAGGCUGCUUCCGGAGCCCCGGGACGACCCCGGGGGUGGAGGGGCCACACUAGCGCACCCCCUUGUCUCUGCCCUCCCCGUCCCCACCCUCUGGGGCCUGUGAAUAAAGCCAGCAGACCCCCCUCA